GGGGACUUCCAUCGCCUCCAGCGAGAGCACCAUGGCCCCAGGGCCGCCGCGCCCCGCCGAGACACUGCCAACUCCCGGUGCCGGCGACGGAAGCCCCGGCGGCUGACUUGCUGACAGUCGAGUGUGGUUGCAUCCCCGCCGCCGCCAUGAACAGCAACUGCCUGGACGACCCCAGCGUGGUGCCCGUGGACGGCCGCACCUCCCUCAUCGUCCGCCUGCUGGUGGACCUGGCCGUGGCCUCCAGCGUCAUCCUGGGCAACGGCUUCAUCAUCACGGCCGUGCUGUGCUUCGGCGGGCGCACUCGCAACGCCACCCUACGCGUCUCGCACGUGUCCAACAGGUUCGUGGUGAACCUGGCGAUGGCGGACCUGCUGGUGGGCCUGUGCGCCCUGUUCUGCCUGACGCCCUACUACGUGUGCGGCGUGGCGCGCCGCAUGGACACCGUGGAGGCCCUCUGCGUGAUGCGCUUCGCCGUGCCCAUCUUCAGCGCCAUGACGUCCGUGAGCGCGCUGGGCGCCAUCUCCGUGGACCGCUACGUGGCCAUCGUGCACAGCAUGCGCUACCGCACCUUCAUGUGCAAGAGGCGCGCCACGGUCAUCCUGUGCAUCCCGUGGCUCUUCUCCGCGGCCGCGGCCUCCUCGCUGCUGCUCUGGAACAACUACGAGCUGGAGGGCGGCUUCUGCUCGGACCGCGUCGUGCCCGCGCUGUUCGUGUGCUCCAUCGGCGUGCCGCACUCCUUCCUCGUGCUGCUGCUCGUGGCCGCCGUGCACCUCCGCAUCCGUCGCGAGGUGCUGGUGAGCCGCGUGCGCCGCAAGUCCAUGGAGUCCGUGCUGGGCCUGGGCCGCGGCCUGGGCGUCCGCGCCGGCCUCGUGGUCUGCGGCAGCGCGGGCGAGGACGCGCGCAAGUCGGCGCGCGUGCUGCUCAUGGUGGUGGGCUGCUUCUCGGCCACGUACACGCCCAUGUGCGUGCUCCUGACGCUGCGCCUGGCGGGCUACCGCGGCGACGCGCUGGACCUGGCCUUCACCAUGUCCUUCACCCUGGCCAACGUCAACUCCCUCCUCAACCCGUUCAUCUACUCGUGGCAGAACGUGACCGUGCGCUGCGCCAUCAAGCACCUCGUCGGCCGGCUGCCCUUCCGUCGCACCGAGUCGCCCCUCACGUCGGCCGAGUCGACGCGCGCCGCCACGCCCCACUCAUUAUCUUUAUUAAACUCGUCUGACAUGUUAAGCGCGUGUGAACUCUUACUUCACCUUUACCACACUCCAUUCAUUCGUUCACAUACAUUUCAAAAAGAAGAGGAAAAGAAACUUCAACUACGGCUUCAAGCAAUCAUCUAA